CCUCCGUGUAGAUCACUCCUUGCUCGUGAGUAGGUGGAGCAAAUAAAAAAAAGUCGCUUUGCUGUGACAGAAUAUUGUGUGUCCUGCGUGUGUAUUUAAUCGGAAUUAAUCUUCUUGUGGAAGAAACGACGGCUGCACUAACUGCGCAAAAUGUUUUGAACGCAAAUCUUGAUAACUCUCGGACUAAAAACGAUGAGUAUGCACAAGUAAAAGAUAAGCAACAGUACAGUGAUCGCAUGAACGAACAAAACACGUUGCACCAUCAUCUAUUGCUGCUGCUGACGGCGUGAUUCAACGAUUAAACAGAGACACUCCAGUGCAUUCAGCCAGUGUGCAGUGCACCCCCAAAGGCACUAGCAAAUUUAUUAGUGCACGCGAGACAACCGUUCAGCCAUGACCGGCGGAGGCGCCACGCACAAAACCGACCCCCGGGGUUGCCUGUUCCAGCUGCUGUACUCGCUGGGGUCGUUUGGCCUGGCCUGUGCCAGCCUUUGGGAGCUCAACCCAUCGGACAGGAUCAGCAUCCAGAAGGGGUCGCUGCUGAUCGCGCUCGGCUUCGUGUACUUUGUGGCGCUCACCGAUUUUCUCAACAAGCUGAUUCUGCGCACCAGCAUCGGACUGAGCUUCGUGAAAAAGUACCGGCUCAGAAUCUCCGACGUGCUGGAUAUCACCAACAAAAUCGUAUCGGCAGUGCAGGCAAUGUUCUCCUGCCUGGCCGGCUUUUUCGUGUGCCGAUGGUCUUGUCCGCGCAACUUCCUGCAGGCGUCGCACUUCCUGUCCGAGUCAUACGCCUGGUUCGCGGCCUCGUACUUUUUCUACGACAUCUGGUCCAUGUACAAGGUGUACGCCGCGGAAGCGUCCAACAAGAUCCUGGCCACGCUUGGACUGGGUGCGAACAACGCAAACGGGGCGGCGGCUGCGGCCAAACGAAGCAAGGCGGAGGGCGAUAGUGGUGCGGCGGCGGUAGUGAAUGGCGGGGCGGGAGGUGCCCUGGAUGAAAUUCCCAGCAUUAGCAACGGCUCGCUGUCGAUUCUGCUUGCGAGCAAGCUGGGAACGCCGAGCUUUUUGCGCUAUCUGAUCACCCACAAGCUGAUGGUCUUCCACCAUCUGUUCAUCGGUUCGUACGGGUUGAUGGUCAUCUCGUUUCUGCGAGGUGGGCUGGGCGAUUGCGUGUUCAGCUUCAUGUACAUGAUGGAGCUGUCGACUCCGUUUGUAUCAUUCCGAGGCAUUCUGAGCAUCAUGGGGCUGAAGGAAAGCAAAAUGUACGUCAUCAACGGACUGGUUAUGCUUUUUACGUUUUUCUGGUGCCGGGUGUUUUUGAUGCCGUACGUCUGCUACUAUUACAGCCAGGUCGUAAACUUGCCGUUCUUUGAGGCUUUCUGGCGAUUGCCGCGAGGAUGUAAAAUCAGUAUCUUGGCGCUGUUUCUGCCACAGCUGUACUGGUUCCGACUAAUGUUGAGAGGCGCUAUUAAGGUUUUCGGCAAGAAGAAAUCACCCACCAAUGGCUCGCUGGGCAACGACGCGGCAACCAACGCGAACAACAAUGGCAUCAAGCCAUCCCAAUCCAAAGAUAGAGAGAUAAGAUCGCUGAUGUAAGAGAAAACAAAACAAAAAGUUACUGUAAGCCCUAUUUCAUUCCUUCCGAUUUUUGGGAUUUUCUGUUUUGCUGUCACAUGUUUUAUGUGCUGUGUCUAUAGGGAAUAAUCAUGGUGGCUUCGGUGGUCGUUUGUGUAACAAAACCUGGAAUUCAUCCCCGAACGACCACCUGUAACGGUAGUGGAGUGUAAACGUUGGUUUUGUCCGGUAGAUUUAGUAUUAUAGUGUUAUUUAGUCCUCAUUAGCUUCCUUUUUGCGUUGACUAGUCAAUACAUAGAUGUUUAAGCACAUUUGCGUGCAGCUACAACCCUUCCAAUGACGCAGGUGUGCCAACAACAAAGUAAAACGAAACAAAAGGCUAUAACUUUGCCGCUAGUCGCUUGAGAGGACGUUCCACUUAAGAGUAAUAAUUUUGAUGAGGCAUUUUCUUUUCUUCUACCAGUCCUUUUCCAUAAUUUUCCGUUACACAGCUAUAUAGAAAUUUUGGGGCAGAAACGCAUUUUAUCUUGCCAAUGCAAAACUAAUACAAUGCAAUAGGUGAUAGAUUUCUUACGCCAACUGAGAAAGAGCAGCUUAUAAUAAAACCGAAGACAUUUGUAACACACAAACACGUAAAGCGCAGUAACGAAUCCGAUGUUGCUAGAUUGUUUAAUGUUGAUGUUACAAACUAGAGCACACUCAGCAGCAUGUAGUUGGCUUUACGGUAUAUUCAAAACGAUGCUAUCUAGGUCAAAAUAAUCCUGAAUAUGAAAAUAUCAAUGUCAAAGGAGCUUUCAUUUUUUAGAAAAUAUACACAUUUACAAGAAUGUUUGGAUAUAUUUUAACCUCCAAGUGUGCAACCAAAGAGACAUUGUACAGAUUGGAUCGAACAAGCUGAACAAAAGAAUAAUCAAAACCCAUCAGUACUAUACACAUUGGUUCUCGUGUUAAACCUUUAAUACAAAUUAAUUUCAAUGCAACUAAGGUAUAGCCCUACACGUUGAUAGAUUCCACCCGAACGCAGUGCGAAUUGAACCCAAACCCAAUCGAUUAUAUACCACAUACUAUUAUAGUGUUUAACUAACCUGUACACCAAAACACUGCUUUCGCCGUUCAACGCUGUCAAGAGAAACAAAUUUUACCACCUAGCAGCAGCACUGCACAAAAUUUGUGAGUGCAAACAACAACAACAAAAAAGAGAUAUAAUCACACCCUUUUUAAAGAAAACAAUAUUAUACAGUGUGUAUUCGUUGUACUAUGCAUGUGAACUACUGGAUUGACCGCCGAGGUGCAGAAACAGGAAGAAACCACCAGAGGAAGACUUUGAGGCGGUCGGGUGUGCAGUUGGGAAUGAUUCUCUGAGAAAUAUAGUAUACAAUCGACAUUUAAUGUUAUCGAUUAGAAAAUGUUUAGAGGAUAGUAUAUUUUUUGGAUAACCUUGUACGUUUAUUGGGCAAACAUUUACAAAAUAAACUCGUGGGGGUAGUGAAUGAAGAAAAGGAAAAACAUUGUUGUAAUGUUGUAAAGAAAUAAAUUUACUUGAAAU